AUGUUGUUUGUCGCACAGAUUCUGCUCCUCGUGGGCUUGGUCAACGCCAUCCCCAUGCCCCAAGAGCUGGAGGCCACCACCCAGGUUGCCGCAGCUGCCAGUUCCAACUACUGGGUUGCCAACAUCAAGCGCCAGGGCGUGGUGGCGUUUGGCAAUGGAACCGAUUACCAAGUAUUUCGCAACGUUCAAGACUUCGGCGCUAAGGGUGACGGCUCCACGGAUGACACUGCCGCCAUCAACCAGGCCAUCUCGUCCGGAAACCGCUGCGGUAAAGGGUGUGAUUCCUCUACCGUGACCCCAGCUCUCGUGUACUUCCCUCCCGGUACCUACGUGGUGUCAAAGCCCAUUGUGCAGUACUACUACACGCAAAUGGUGGGAGAUGCCGUCGACUUGCCCGUUCUCAAGGCUUCUGCCGACUUCGCUGGCAUGGCUGUCAUCGACGCGGACCCGUACGAAGACGAUGGCUCCAACUGGUAUACCAACCAGAACAACUUCUUCCGAGCCGUUCGUAACUUCGUCAUCGAUUUGACGGCCGUGCCUCAAGGCUCCGGCGCCGGUAUUCACUGGCAGGUCGGCCAGGCCACUAGCUUGCAGAACAUCCGCUUUGAGAUGGUCAAGGGCGGCGGUGACGCCAACAAGCAGCAGGGUAUCUUCAUGGACAACGGCUCUGGCGGUUUCAUGUCCGAUCUUGUGUUCAACGGUGGUAACUACGGCGUGUUCCUGGGUAACCAGCAGUUCACGACCCGCAACCUGACCUUCAACGACUGCAACACCGCCAUCUUCAUGAACUGGAACUGGGCCUGGACCUUCAAAUCCGUGUUCAUCAACAACUGCGAUGUGGGUCUCAACAUGUCCAACUCGCCGCAGAACCAGACCGUCGGAUCAGUUCUCCUGCUCGACAGCAAGCUCACCAAUACCCCCACUGGCGUGGCCACUGCAUUUUCCAAGGACAGCAUCCCCGUUGGCGGCGGAGUGUUGAUUUUGGACAACGUCGACUUCAGUGGUUCCAAGACUGCCGUUGUUGGUGUUGACGGUCACUCCAUCCUCGAGGGUGGCUCUGUCGUGAACAACUGGGUCCAAGGUAACAGCUACAUCCCUUCAACGUCGCUCAGCAAGCGUGCCUCGACGCCCGCCGACCCUGUGGAAGUCGUUAUCGAGACUGUUAUUGAGACCGUUACGGAGUGCGGCUCGCCCGCUACCGACGCUCUCCCUGCACCCGUCACGACGGAUGCUGCAGCCCACGGUGCCCAAACCACCGCUGGCAGCGAUCAGACCGUGGUAUUCCCGUCUGCCAGCGAUGGUCUCAACAUGCAGGGUUUCGAACCCUCCGCCUCCAACGCUGCCGGAGAGACCCCCGUCGGCCAGCCGGCCGAGACAGCCAACGUCCCCGCCGUGUCUUCCGUUGAGCAGGGAACGACUGCUCCGGUGGCGCCCACGCAGGCCCCUCACUCUAACGCACCCGCCCCUGCGGCCACAACUUCGGCCCCUGUGAUUCCCUCUGCGGGCUCCUCGCAGAGCUCCGCCGCGGCCGGUACUUCCGCUCCCGCUGGUAGCUCCGCUGCUGCCGGCACACACGCACCGGCGCAAUGCUCCAGCAAGGCGGUCACCAAGACGCGUUUGCAAACGGCCCUGCCUGUCCAUACCAAGGCUAGCGGACUGACUGGCAGCAACGGCAAGGUGUUCGAGCGCUCCAAGCCUCUUUACGAGAGCUACGCCGCCUCAUCCUUCGUUAGCGUCCGUUCCGCCGGUGCUAAGGGUGACGGUACCACCGACGACACCGCAGCCAUCCAAAAGGUUCUUGACAGCGCCACGGAGGAUCAAAUCGUCUACUUCGACCACGGCUCCUACAUCAUCACCGACACCGUCAAGGUUCCCAAGAACAUCAAGAUCACCGGUGAGAUCUGGCCCGUCCUCAUGGCUCAUGGCUCCAAGUUCGCCGACGAGGAGAACCCCAUCCCCAUGCUCCAGGUCGGCCAACCUGGUGACACCGGCUCCGUUGAAAUCACCGAUAUUGCUAUUCAGACCAAGGGCCCGGCUCCCGGCGCCAUCCUCAUGCAAUGGAACGUUGCCGAAGCCACUCAAGGCUCCGUGGCCAUGUGGGACGUGCAUUUCCGUAUCGGUGGCUCCGCCGGCACGCAGCUUCAAUCCGACAAGUGUGCUAAGACGCCCAAGGAAACCACUACUCCAAACAAGGAGUGUAUUGGAUCUUUCAUGCUCCUGCACCUGACGGAGCACGCGUCCGCCUACAUUGAGAACUCCUGGUUCUGGACCGCCGACCACGAACUCGAUCUCCCCGACCACAACCAGAUCAACAUCUACAACGGCCGCGGCGUGCUCAUCGAAUCCACCAAGCCUGUCUGGCUGUACGGUACCGCCUCCGAACACAACCAGUUCUACAACUACCAGGUUACCAACGCGCAGAACGUCUACAUGGGUCUGAUCCAGUCCGAGACGCCCUAUUACCAAUCGAAUCCCAACGCGCUCGUGCCCUUCAAAUCGCAAUCCAAGUGGCACGACCCUGACUUCUCGACUUGCACCACCGACGGCUGCAAGAAGGCCUGGGGUCUGCGUGUUAUGAACUCUUCUGAGACGUACGUUUACGGUGCCGGCCUAUACAGCUUCUUCGAGAACUACGGCCAGAGCUGCCUGGACACGGAAUCCUGCCAGGAGAACAUGGUCGAGGUGGACUGCUCCGAUGUCCAUAUCUAUGGUCUCAGCACGAAGGCCAGCACCAACAUGAUCACGUCGUCAAGCGGAACGGGCCUUGUGCCACAGGAUGAGAACAAGAGUAACUUCUGUUCGACUAUUGCGUUGUUUGAGCAGUCAUAG